AUGAUAAAGUCUUGCCUUAUGUGGGUAGCUUUAUCUUGUUAUGCCCUAAGUAUUACCAAGGCCCAAUCAGAUCCACCAAUUCCUUGUACAACUACAACCGAAAAUGACCAGACAACUAGUCCUUCUCGUUCAUCAACAACCACUCAGUCAACAUCAUCAACUUCAACAAAGAUAACUACAACAACAAAUAAGCAAACAACUACAACCUCGCCGGCAACAAGUUCGUCUAUUGUUACUACAACUACUACUACUACUACUACUACAGGAUCUUCAACUACCUUAUCACCAGCUACUUCUACAUCAAACACAACCUCCUCUACUACUACGACUCCAGGAAAUACCUGUACCUCUAAGAAUAAUUAUGCAUGUGAAAAAGAACAACUUUAUUUAAGUUGUGCCCAAGGCAAAAUUGUGAUUGAAAACGCAAACUACGGUAGAACCAGCUCUGAAGUAUGUACAAACGGGCCAAUUAAAAGUACUUCAUGCUAUUUUGAUGCCACAAUUACAUUAGAGAACAAGUGCAAUGGUUUGUCACAUUGUUCUGUGAACACAACGAACAAUAAUUUCCGCGAUAAUUGUGAAGGAACACUAAAAUAUUUGGAUGUUAAUUACUAUUGUGAAGUGGAUGGUUGUACAAGACCCACAACUCCGACCACGAACACACAAACCACCGCUUCUGGUGCACCAGGUUCUUCCAGCUCUUCAUCCCCAGUGACCUCCACAUCAUCAGGAUCCCCUUCUUCAACUUCAAACCCUUCUACAUCGACAACAAACACAGAAACCACUAGCUCUGGGUCUCCAGGAUCUUCAACUACAUUAUCACCACCUACUUCUAUAUCAGCAACAGCCUCCUCUUCAACUACGACUCCAGGAAAUGUCUGUACCUCUAAGAAUAAUUAUGCAUGUGAAAAAGAUCAACUUUAUUUGAGUUGUGCUGAAGGCAAAAUUGUGAUUGAAAACGCAAACUACGGUAGAACCAACUCUGAAGUAUGUACAAACGGACCAAUUAAAAGUACUUCAUGUUAUUUUGAUGCCACAAUUACAUUAGAGAACAAGUGUAAUGGUUUGUCACAUUGUUCUGUGAACACAACGAACAAUAAUUUCCGCGAUAAUUGUAAAGGAACACUAAAAUAUUUGGAUGUUAAUUACUAUUGUGAAGUGGAUGGUUGUACAAGACCUACAACUCUGACCACGAACACACAAACCACCGCUUCUGGUGCACCAGGUUCUUCCAGCUCUUCAUCCCCAGUGAUCUCCACAUCAUCAGAAUCCCCUUCUUCAACUUCAAACCCUUCUACAUCGACAACAAACACAGAAACCACUAGCUCUGGGUCUCCAGGAUCUUCAACUACAUUAUCGCCACCUACUUCUACACCAGCAACAGCCUCCUCUUCAACUACGACUCCAAGAAAUGCCUGUACCUCUAAAAAUAAUUAUGCGUGUGAAAAAGAUAAACUCUAUUUAAGUUGUGAUGAAGGCAAAAUUGUUAUUGAAAACGCAAAUUAUGGUAGAACCAGCUCCAAAGUAUGUACAAACGGUCCAAUUAAAAGUACCUCAUGCUAUUUUGAUGCCACUGCUACAUUAGUGAACAAGUGUAAUGGAUUUUCAAACUGUUUUAUCAACACAACCAACAGUAACUUCCGCGAUAAUUGUGAAGGGACACUAAAAUAUUUAGAUGUUAAUUACUAUUGUGAAGUGGAUGACUGUACGAAACUUACAACACCGACAACGAACACGCAAACUACUAAUUCUGGAGCACCAGGAUCUUCAAGUACUUCAUUCCCAGUCACCUCUACAUCAUCAAAAACGUCCAUUUCGACUACGCCUUCAGCAAAUAUCUGCGCAUCUAAGAAUAAUUAUGCAUGUGAGAAAGAUCAAGUGUAUUUAAGUUGUGAUGCAGGUGAAAUUGUUAUUCAAAACGCAAACUAUGGUAGAACCAGCCCUGAUGUAUGCACUAACGGACCUAUUAAAAAUACCUCAUGCUAUUUCGAUGCGACUGCUACAUUAGUAAACAAGUGCAAUGGUUUGACGAACUGUUUUGUUAACACAACUAACAGUAACUUCCGUGAUAAUUGUGAGGGAACGCUAAAAUAUUUAGAUGUAAAUUACUAUUGUAAAGAUGAAAUAUGUAUUACCACGUCAUCAACGUCAUCCCUAUCAACGGACAAUGGUCCCUGGACUGGUCCAACUCGAUCUACCACAUCUACAAGUCCAGUUACGACUACUUUCGAACCUUCAGUAACAACUGAAAGAGUGACGACCGGCAUAAUAUCAACAAGCACCACUACUAAUGGACCAGGAUCUUGUGGUUAUAAAAAUACUUUAGUAGCCUGUGAGAAUACGAAGCUCACUAUUCAGUGUGAUGUCGGAAUCAUUAAUAUUAUUAGUGCUAAUUUUGGAAGAACGAGUUCAAAUUUGUGUCCGAAUACAGCUAUACAUAACACGAGUUGUAUUUUACCCUCAUCUCAGAACUUAGUGGAGAAAAAUUGCAAUGGAAAAUCAUUAUGUAAUAUUUCGGCAUCUACUUCGUAUUUUCUAGAAGAUCCGUGCAGGGGAACAUUUAAGUAUGUAGAAGUUACAUAUGAAUGUAGAGAUCCUAUGUGCACUUCGACUACCGAAGCUGGAACUACAACUACAGGGGCAGUGACAACAGGAUCCAGUAGUACGGUGAAUGUAACUCAAACAUCUGUUACAAGUACAAUAACGGGAGCUCCAAUCAUAACAAGUACCACAUUCUCAUCUACUUCAACGUCAGAAAUAACAACUACUAAACCUUCUACAACAACAAUUAAAAAUCUAGGUAUUAUGAUUACUAUAUCAUGUUAUCUAGCCAAUGUACAUAUUGGAUGUCCUAAUAGUCACACAUUAACAAUUGUACAGGCAUCUUAUGGAAGAAAUAGUGAUCAAUUUUGUCCUGGAGUGUGGAACAAUACUAUUAACGCAGGAACUUGUGAGAGUCCCAGUGCUUUGGAAGUUGUCAGAAAUACGUGCUCUGGGAAAACUGAUUGUACUAUUGCGGCAAACGACAAUACAUUUGGCUCAUCUUGUAGAGCCAGUCAACCUUAUUUGAUGGUUACUUAUUAUUGCGAUGGGGAGCAAGACUAUUGUCAAUAUUAUGGUUUCUGUUAGCCUUGAAAAUUAAUGUGUAUACUAUAUAUAUUAUAAAUAAUAAGUUUGUUAAGUAUACUGAUUUUGUAAAUUAGAUGUAAAAUAAAUUUAAUAUAUCUUGCAAUUUAGUGAA